GGCGGCGUGAGGACCGGGUCCCGGACACCCCGAGCCGGGCGCCGCGGUCCUCUACCUUCGUGUCCUCGAUCUGAGCGCUCGGCGACCUCCGCUCGGACAGUUUCCCGUCGACUGGGGUCCCAUAGACUGGGUUCCCUAAGUGUGCAGUGGGAUGGCUAGCGUGAGUGAGUUCCAGUGAAGCCUUGAACCCGGGUGAUUUUUGCAUUUUUUCUAACAAUGUAAAAAUGCACGCACCCAUAAAUCCAGCAAAGGGUGUAAAAAUGCACGCACCCAUCAAUCCAGCAAAGACACGCUGUGACACGACUCUUGCCUUGCAGAAAUUCUUGUUUAAUUAAACGUGCCACACGGGGCGUUGACAGGAGUCUCAGGAGCCAUGUUGUCAGAAGUCCUGCUGGUGUCCGCCCCGGGGAAGGUCAUUCUCCACGGAGAACACGCGGUGGUCCAUGGCAAGGUCGCCCUGGCGGUGGCCUUGAACUUGAGAACAUUCCUCUUGCUGCGACCGCAGAGCAAUGGGAAAGUGAGCGUCAAUUUACCCAACAUCGGUAUUAAGCAGGUCUGGGACGUGGGCACACUUCAGCAGCUGGACACGAGCUUUCUUGAGCAAGGUGACGUCCCAGUACCCACCUUAGAGCAACUGGAGAAGCUGAAGAAGACGGCGGACCUCCCCAGAGACCAUGCAGGCAAUGAGGGCCUGGCUCUGCUCGCCUUUCUCUACCUGUACCUGGCGAUCUGCUGGAAGCAGAGGACGCUCCCGAGUCUGGACAUCGUGGUGUGGUCGGAACUGCCCCCCGGGGCAGGCUUGGGCUCCAGCGCCGCAUACUCCGUGUGUCUGGCAGCCGCCCUCCUGACCGCCUGUGAGGUGGUCUCCAACCCGCUCAAGGACGGGGACUCCGUCAGCAGGUGGCCUGAGGAAGAUCUGAAGUCAAUCAACAAGUGGGCCUUCGAGGGGGAGAGAGUGAUCCACGGGAACCCCUCUGGCGUGGACAAUGCCGUCAGCACCUGGGGAGGAGCCCUGCGUUACCAGCAAGGGAAGAUGUCGUCCUUGAAGAGGCUCCCGUCCCUGCAGAUCCUGCUCACCAACACCAAGGUCCCACGGAGUACCAAGGCCCUCGUGGCUGCCGUCAGAAGCAGGCUGAUGAAGUUCCCUGAGGUCGUGGCCCCGCUGCUCGCCUCCAUUGACGCAAUAUCCCUGGAGUGUGAGCGCGUGCUAGGGGAGAUGGUGGCUGCGCCAGUUCCGGAACAGUACCUCGUACUAGAAGAGCUGAUGGACAUGAACCAGCACCAUCUGAACGCCCUCGGGGUGGGCCACGCCUCCCUGGACCAGCUCUGCCAGGUAACGGCAGCACACGGACUGCACAGCAAGCUGACCGGCGCUGGCGGUGGUGGCUGUGGCAUCACCCUCCUGAAGCCAGGUCUAGAGCGAGCCACAGUGGAGGCCGCCAAGCAGGCCCUGACCGGCUGUGGGUUUGACUGCUGGGAGACCAGCAUCGGGGCCCCUGGGGUCUCCGCGCACUCAGCCACCGCUGUAGAGGACCCUGUCCGGCAGGCCCUGGGCCUCUGAGACCACCCGACAUGCCGUCCGUCCUACCAGGAAGCCUCUAAGUAGUUGGAGUUGGAGUAUCUGGUAUCUGUGCUGGCUGCCGACACGUCCCUGCUGGUAGUGCCUUCUAGACUCUGAUCCCAUCCGGGUUCUGACGUUCCCGAAGUUUGUGGGGUCUUCUGAGACGGCAGGCAGACUGACACAGGAGGCCUUCUCCCUGGAGCUCCCAUGGGCACAUCUGCCUCAAACUCUCUGGCUCCUAGCCAUGCGCCCUUCUGUCCAGCCCACGAUGGCCCCGCAGGAACCGCCUGGCCACUGGCUCGUGGCUCCUGUCUCCUGUCCUCUCUCAGGGAUCAUCGGCUGAGGCCUGGCAUGCCGACUGCCCUAUCUCCGUGUGGAAAGGCUGCCAAGGGGGAAAUAAAAAGAGAUCGGACAAAGAAAGCCUCGGGCCCUGUGGGAAGGCAGGACUGGUGCACGCUGCUCCUUGACCCCUCUGGUGCGUCCCUCUCUCUCUGGGAGUUCUCAGGCUGAAGGAAGACAUCUGUCUUAGUCAGGGUUUCUAUUCCUGCACAAACACCAUGACCAAG